UACAUCAAGCAACGUUUCGAAAUGCUGAACCAAAACCCAAAGAAAACCAUUUUCGUGCAUGAGACUUGCGCCACGGACACUGAUCAAGUUCAGAAGAUCCUCGACUCAGUCAUUUCGAUGAUCAUACAACAAAAUCUCCACAAGAGUGGUCUCUACUAA